AUGCUGGAUCGUUGUAACCAAACUGUUUUGUCAUUGCUCUUUGGAUGCCUGGUUUGUCUUUUCGUGGCCUCCAUUGUAAAUGCAGACGGUCGAGUGUUUGUGUUGGAUCUGAGGAACUCCUCUGGCCUGCAGGGCUUCAGGGAUGCUGAACUGGCUUGUUCCUCACAGCACGCUCGCUUGGCAUCAGCAGAGGAGGUCCAUCAUGCUGUGUUGGAGUGCUACUUCUCCCCGUGCACCCGUGGGUGGCUCUAUGGAGGCACAGUGGGGACCACAGUGUGUAAUAUUGUGGGCGGAACCCUGAAAGCAGUGGAUGUAAGAGCAGAAAAUGCUACAGAGGAUGCAGCACACCUGGACGCCUUCUGCAUCAGAGACAAAGGUGUGGCGUGUGGUGAUCCUCCAUCCUUUCCAAAUGCACGCAUGCAAGGACAGAGUGAGUUUGAGAUGGGCGAUGAGCUGCUCUACACAUGUCUACCGGGUUAUGUGAUGCCCAAUGGGCAAAGAGCCUUCAGCCUCCUAUGCGACAGCUGUGGAGAGUGGUAUGGACUGGUGCAGGUUUGUGUCAAAGAUGAGACUGAAAGUCACGUGGACUACGAGGACAAGUUCACGGAUUCCUACGGAGAGGCAGAGCGUCACAACGAGGGACCAGAAGAAGCUCAUGGUGAAGUGUAUGAAGAGGUGCAUGGAGCAGCAUACCCGGAGGGGAAGAGGGCUCAAGAGCAGCAAGAGACGAGUUUCAGUUUGGAGGUAGAGGCAGAGCAUCAAGACCAGCAUGGAGAGCAGGAAGAGGGAGGAGAGGUGACAGAGCAUGAUAGGACAUUUGUAGGAGUUCCAGAAGCAGGAGAAAAAGAUGAGGAAAGGGCUGCUGAGGAUUUUAUAGGCCAUCCGAGGUGGGAACAGGGAAGAAGUGAGGAGGUCAAAACUGAUGCAGCUGCAGCCACAGAUGCACCUGUGUCUCUUCUCUCCCAGAAACACCUCUUCUGGUUCCCCUCUGAGGCCUUCCAGCAGGAAGGACACCCUGUCUCCACCAAUCCUGUCCCACAGACUACACAGAGGGCUUCAGGCGCCCAAUCAGAGGAGAGUAAAGAGCAGGAGAGCCAAGAAAGGCAACCCCACCAGCUUCCUGUUGAUGAUCAUGAUCAUGAUCAUGAGCAAGACACCUAUGAUGAUCAUGACACAGAUGACCGAGAUGAUCACGACAACAGCGACCAUGAUGACCAGGAUGUCCAUGACGACAGCCACCACGAUGAUCAAGAUGACCCUCACAGUCACCAGGACAAAGAUGACCGUGAUGAAGAUUCAAAGCAUUACAUUUCAGCUCAGGAUGAUGAUCUGGACCAACGUGAUCAUGAUGAACGUUAUGACCAUUAUGACAUGGGGGAACAUGAAGAUGACCGGCAUCAUGUUCGCUACGGCAGCCAGGAUUAUGACAAUCGAGAUGAUACUUACGAUGAACACGAGGAUGUGACAGACGAUCACACAGACGAUGACCAGGAACAUCCUGACAGUUUGGAGGAACAUCCUGUCAAAAGUGAUGACCAUGAUGAUGGCGAGGAGCAUUAUGAUCCAAGUGAAGACGAUCAUGACCACAAGGAUCCUGAUGACCACGACAGCUAUGACAACCAUGACCACCAUGACCACCAUGAUAGCCAUGAAGAUGAUGAUCAUCCGCAUGUAAUCUUUUCUAUAGAAACAGAUGAACGUCAGAAUGUCACCCAGAAGGGAGCAGGGGCGACGGCCACCACAGACGAGACCUGGCUGGACGGGUACCCUGUUGCUCCGGAGGAAACUGAAAAAAGUGAUUCCACAACGGAGAGGAUGAGACCAGAGGAUAGAGAGAGGGGGACUGUUGUAAGGACAACAGACAGACCCAAUGAGGUGGAGAAGCCUGUCCCUUACACCAGUUUACCAGAGGUGCCUGAGUCUCCCACUACUAACUCUGACAUAAAGCAAGGGGGAGUGGAGGAGGUGUGGCCUGGCUUCAUCCUCACCACUGCUCCCUCUCCUGAUGAGCCAGAGACCUCAUACUCUGACACCCUGGACUACGACACACAACAGGCAGCUCCUACCCAAUCCUGGCUGGGUGACCUCACCGAACACCCCUUUCCUGAUCACGGCCCAGCCCCACCUGUGCAUGAUGGCGAUGUCAUCACUGGAGGGCUGGAGGAACACACUGUGCAUGACCUGCCUGGUGAGACCAGUGAGAGGGAUGAGGUGGAGGGAGAGAUGGGGGAGACAAUCUGUACAGGGGAGGACUGCCCUCCUCAUCCUCCCAGCUCCUCCAGCCGGGGUCCCACAGUGGCAGCCAUAAUCGUGGUUGUGUGUGUGGUAGCCUUAGCGGUCAUCGUUGGGGUGUGGUGUUACCGGCGGCGACAGCAGAAAAGCUCAAUGUACAAGAUGAAUGGGAAGGGGCAAAGUCAGACCAGACAGGGCCAACAGAUAGAGAUGCAGCAAAAAGUUUAA